AUGCGCUUCAUCCAGAAGACAGUCGCCCUCCUGGCAACCGUCGGUGUGUCCAGCGCUCAGCUGAACUGUCCGGCCACGACCACCGUCACCCAAGGCGCUGCGGUCGGAACCUCUGCAGCGGAACCUUUCCCAUCACGUUCUCGCCAGGUCAUUACGACUACCGUAUACGGCACUAACGUGAUCACGGUCGAUGGCAUCAAAGUGGCCCAGACACUUGCCAACGUGAUGAAGUUCUUCCGGCCUGAGACCGAGAGAUUGGCAGCGCGACAGCAGACCGCGAGUCCGCUUUCAUGUGAGUCUACGGUGACCGUCACUGCGAUCACCAAUUUUGUCGUCACCAUUGGAACCGCACCACCGGGCUCAGCGGCGCUGACUACGACUUUGCCGUUCUGGCGUGCCGCAGUCAGGACUCUCCGUCUCUCGAGCCUCGUCUGGAUCUUUACAGUCUACUACGGGCGCAUCGACCUCGACUCUUCCGUCAAGUCCGCAAUCCGCGCUGAGUUCAGCAAGUUCGAACUUGCCUCAACCAGCGCUCACUACUGUUGGAGUCACGUCGGGAUCUUCGCAGUCUACGACGGGAGCAUUGACCUCGACUCUUCCAUCCGGACAAGUGCUCAGCUCCACGAGUUCUAUCAGAUCACUGCCAGGGACCAGCAAUCUCCCCAUCACCUCUGCAAUCUUUCCAUCUACCACGAGAGCACAGAACGCGACUAUCCCGCCUCUGUCACAGCCAGUGUUCAACGCCACGAGUGCUACCGCUUCACUGUCAUCGCUCUCCUAUUCCUCCAUCACCUCCGGAACCUUCUUCUCUACCACGAACGCACUGACUACGAACCCUCCGCCAACAACGCUACCAGUGCUCAACUCCACAAGUUCCAUCACUCCGCAGCCAGGGCUCAAUUCCACGAGCUCUACCAUCCAGCAGCCAAUACUCAACUCGACAUCGAGCAUCCUGUCUAG